UUUUGUGUAUAGAGCAACCGGUGUUUUACUAGCUACUAAUUGCGUUGAACAAAUCGUAUCAGUAUGUCGACGAGCAAAAAAUGGUCGAUAUUGCUUAUUGGACUCUUUGGACUUUUAGGCGAAUACUCACCAGCGGAUGCUCUCGGCUAUUUUAUAUCUCGGCAGUACAUGGAGCCGUGUGAAAAUGGCUAUGGUGUCUGCAUGAGUUCUAUCGAGUGUAGAAUUCAAAAGGGUCGUACACUCGGAGCAUGCGCCCUGGGUACAUGCUGCAGAAUUGAGAAGACGUGUAACGACGUCAUCACGACAAACAACACAUUCUUCGUAAACCCUAGCGAGAUAAGGCCCGGCUCAUCGUGUGUUGUCGAUGUUGAGAAGAAGUGGGCUUUGGAAAGCGUUUGCCAAAUGAGACUCGAUCUGCUGAAGUUCGAAAUGGGACCCGCCAACGCGCUCUCUGGAAUCUGUCUUCAUGAUGCAUUCACUGUUGUUGGGGUUGACCGACCAGUACCAACAAUUUGCGGGAGAAACGAUCGCCAACACUUAUAUGUGGAUGUUCGGAAUUCUCGAAGUAUUCAAUUAAUGGUUAAUCUGGGCGCUAAUUCGACAACCCGCCGAUGGAAGAUCCGAGUCACUCAGAUCCCUUGCACCUCCCAACGCCUUGCACCAACAGGCUGUUUGCAGUACUUCGAAGACUCGACAGGAUACUUAAAAAGCUUUGGUUAUGACCCCGUAGCGGAGAGUUCGACGUACCCUCUAGGCUUGUCGUAUUUUAUGUGUUUCCGAGAGCCGUGCCAACUGCAAUUAUCUCAAGUCGGUCCCUUUGAGUUGGGCGAGAAGGCUGAUCAGAAUCCUGCUAAUAGUAUCCAGGAUGUCCAGGUAGACGCAGGAUGCACCGUUCCAACCGAUCCAAACGUCGAAGCGCGGGCUUAUAUACAAAUUGACAAUGUGCGCUUUUGUGGAAAAAGAUUCAUUCGUACUUUUAAGACGCAAAACCCAAUAUUGGCUAUCAACUUCGUUUCACCUAUGCGCGAACGAGACCGUAAGGAAAAUCAGGUUUUCAAAGGUUUCAACAUUCAAUACCAACAAACCUGUUCCACAGUUAACGGUUCAUUUUCUGCUGAUUCAGUUGCCGAACUUGGACCAACGUUUACGCUCACGAUACCUAUACCCGAGCCGCAAUAAUAAAUAAAAGUAUUAGGAAUCAAUGUGUGUUGUAGCAAAAUCCCAUUACCAUUCGAUUAGAUAAUUUUUGUGCUAACUUGAGGCAUUAAUGCUUGUUAAUGGAUCACUUGUUUUAUUUAUGACUGACUUCAA